AUGCGGGUUGGCAACAGUAAUUCUAUAAAAAAAAACGUCUCCGAGUGUCUCAGUCCGAACCCUGUUUACUAUCGUAAUCCUAUCACCUUCAAAAAAGCGAAUGAGUUUAAUAAUGGGAAAAGGGAAAGACCUCUAGCGUUGUUGGGGGACUCUAUCCAUGCUGACAGCAAAAAUUCAAGGCAACAGCUGGAUGAUACGGUUGAUAACAGGCUAGUGAUCCAUUGGUUUAGGGGUGAUUUACGUGUCCGUGAUAAUACAGGAUUAGCGUACGCGUUGAACCAGUCAAAGAGUGGUUCUGUUGAGGCACUAUACGUAAUCAACGAGCACGAUUGGAUCGCCCAUAUGGAAAGCGGAUGGAAAUUGAAGUUCCAGCUCGAUGCAUUAAGGUCAUUGAGUCGAGAACUUGCCAAACUUGGGGUUAGACUUCAUGUGAAAUACUUCAUACCCGAAUCACCGUGUUUGUCCAACUCUCGUGAAUAUGCACAAUGGUUUAGCCAUAUCAUCGAAGAGAUUGCUGCUAGCAAAAACUAUGAUGGUAAUUCGAAGGACGAUACCAAAGAUGAUACUGAUGCUGACGAGCCAGCUCUUAAGAAAAGAAAAAAGGAUAAUGAUGAGAAUCAAAAAGGUGGAUCACCCAAUAUCUUAGUAACCGCCAACCUACAGUAUGAAGUAGACGAAUUGUACAGGGAUCUAAAAAUUUGUCGGCUGCAAACUCAGAGUUCCAACUCCGCCAAUUUUACUCUAAAAUUGUUCCACGACAUGUGUAUCAUCGAACCGGGUAUAUUAAAAACUGGCAAGGGAAGCCAGUAUACCAUUUUCACUCCAUGGUAUAAGAAAUGGGUCUCAUUUCUUGAAGCGAAUCAGAAGGAUAAGCAUACAAUUUGCAUUGAAGCAUCAAUACCACAGUCAUCAAACCGUGAAAAAGUUAAUCCUGAAGAAAUCAAAUAUCAGUUACCUGACAAGUUCAUGUCAGAAAUGCCAGAGCAAACCUUAAACAUACCAAAAGCAGAUGAAGAAACAGCGUUGAAAAAAUUGACGGAAUUUAUAAGUAAAAGAGCGUCAAAGUAUAACAAUGAUAAAGACCUCUUAGAUCUGACUGGUACUUCAUUACUUAGUUGCUAUGUCACUUCUGGUGUUAUUAGUGCAAGAACGAUUCUAAACCAGAGUUAUCAGGCAAACAACUCCCGGUUAAUGAAUAAAGAUAUUAAAAAGAAUAACUCUUUGGAGACCUUCAUCAAAGAAGUGGCAUGGAGGGACUUCUAUAAGCAUGCCAUCAGUUAUUGGCCAUUUUUAUCGAUGGACCUUCCCUUUAAAUUUGAGACGUUGAACAUUAAAUGGGAAAAUGACGUUUUCCUAUUCGAAAAAUGGUGUUACGGUGAAACUGGUAUCCCCAUUGUUGAUGCAAUAAUGCUUAAAAUGUUGAAGACAGGAUAUAUCAACAACAGAUCACGUAUGAUUACUGCGUCAUUCUUGGCAAAAAACUUACUUAUUGAUUGGCGCUGGGGUGAGCGGUGGUUCCGUAAACAUUUGAUCGACUACGAUACAGCAUCUAAUGUAGGAGGUUGGGGAUUUUGUGCGAGCACCGGUAUUGACUGCCAGCCCUAUUUCAGAGUGUUUAACAUGAAGUUACAGAGUGAGAAAUAUGAUCCAGAAGGAAAGUUCAUUAGACAUUGGCUUGAAAAUGAUGAGAAUGAUUCAGACAAUGUCCAUGAGCCAAAACCGAAUGCAAUUGUUGACUUGAGAGAUUCAAGAGAGAGAGUACUUGAAAGGUUUAGAGAAGUUAUGUAG